AUGGAAUCUGUCCUAAGGCAUUGCUAUGUUAUGAACCCUAAAGAAUUUUCUAAAGCCAGCAGUGAGGGAGAUGAUGUCUUUCUCAGUGAAUACGAGUAUGAUGUCCGCUGGCACAGUUUUAAACGUAUUGCAGAUCUCGAUGAUGAAGAGAAUGAUGGAGAAGCAGACAAUGAUGAAGAUUGGGAUUCUUCUAAAGACUCAGGAUGUGAUACAGAAGAAGACUUUGAAUACAAAAAAGAGACUGAGAUAGGUUCAUCGGCUGCAAAAUACCCAGCUAACAAAUACCAAUCCCAUGAAUUGGCAGCGGACUCACGGAAGGGGCAUAUCUUUGGUCUUCAGAAGAUAGGGACAGAAAAUUCCAGAAUAUAUGACAGAGAAAUGGAGGAGAUGACUGCAUUUGUCAAAGGUGCAAUCUGCAAAGAUAAUUGUCUAGGGCGCUGCCUCUAUAUUCAUGGUGUUCCUGUAACUGGCAAGACUAUGAGUGUACUCGCAGUAAUGAAGAAUCUAAGGUCUGAAGUUGAUGCAGGAAGUAUAAGACCCUGUUGCUUUGUAGAGAUUAAUGGUCUGAAAUUGGCCUCCCCAGAGAAUAUAUACAGGGUCAUAUAUGAAGCUUUAAGUGGACAUAGAGUUGGAUGGAAAAAAGCUCUUCACUUGCUGAAUGAGAGAUUCUCCGAUGUUAAUAGAGUUGGCAAAGAUGAAAAUCAGCCCUGUGUUCUACUCAUCGACGAGCUUGAUCUUCUUGUCACAAGGAACCAGUCGGUUCUGUACAACAUUCUUGAUUGGCCUACAAAACCGCAUUCUAAAUUGAUUGUAAUAGGCAUAGCAAAUACUAUGGAUCUUCCAGAGAAGUUGCUGCCCCGUAUUUCAAGCCGUAUGGGCAUCCAAAGACUAUGUUUUGGUCCCUACAACCAUCAACAACUGCAGGAGAUCAUUUCAAGCCGUCUUAAGGGCAUUAAUGCAUUUGAGAAGCAAGCUAUAGAAUUUGCUUCAAGGAAGGUUGCCGCUAUUUCGGGUGAUGCACAUCGUGCCCUGGAAAUUUGUAGGCGUGCAGCAGAACUAGCUGAUUAUCGACAUAAGCAGUCACCACAAUCAACAAUGCCAUCACUUGCUGAUCAUGAUUCUCAAGCAGGUACAUAG